AUGGGAAGGAAAAAACGAAAUCCUGAACAGAAUGCUAUCGAUGAUGAGAAGAAAUGGAAGAAUGCCGUGGUGAUUCCUGUUGACGGCGGUCUCUCGUUUCAAGUGGUGGGUGUGGAUUCUACAACUGGAACCCUCUUUGCGCGUCGUGAAAAGGUGGAUACCAUCUUACAACGGCCUGAAACGGCACUUUGCGUGUUUUCUUCUGAUGGUAAAAGUCCUACUCUCUUUGUUGUUCUCGAGCGAGUCCUGCUUGCUGCCACCCUUCCAGAAGAACCUGUGACAUCCUAUCCAUCGACAUCUGUCGAAGUCGAAGCGGCUGUCAAAGAGCUAUGCCGAAUAGGCGCGAUAUGGAUCACUACGAGAGACCAACAACACCCUAAGAAUCCACCAAAAUGGAGCCGUGCUACUGAACUGCAGCUACAACAAGAAGUAAUGGUCGAAGAUGAUGCAAUUAUCCGAAUGCACUCACGUCCACCAAGAUUUCCAUCCUUUUCCAAACUUCAGGUUGUCACCAAGAAUGAUACUCAUGGUUUCUGGGUCGUAAACAAGCCUGGUGGUUGUCCAAGUCAUGCUACGGUGGAUAAUGGAGUCGAAAAUGUCUUGGCAGUGGUCCAACAAGAUUCAUCGUAUGCAACCUUGCCGCAACGAUUGGACACGGAAACAUGUGGGUUGCUUCUGGUCGCCAUUCGACCCAGCUUUGCGAGAUGCAUGGGCCAGCUGUUGCAGGCAAAGACAAAGAUUGCAAAUCAAAUGAAAUCCUUAUCUGGCCCAGCACAAAUCAUGGAAUCCAAACCUAUGAAACCACUGACAAAGAAAUACCGAUGUUUGGUGGUAGUUUCGGAUGAGAACAGCAAGAAGGAGGUCUAUCAUCGAUUCUGUCGCUGGAGGGAUUCGCGACACCGGGUCAUUCAUUAUCUCGAUGCUUCGUCCCCUGCGCCCAAACGGUUUCUGGAUACAAUUCCAGGCGACGAGGCCAAUCUGAACGAAAGCACGAAAUGGCAACUCUGUCAACUACAAAUUACAGCAGUGAGUCAGCCUUACACGGUUUCUAUUCCCGGCAUUUCUUCCAAUCUCUCUUCGGCGGAACAACUUUACAAGGCACUAUGGGGAGAGAAUCAGCCAGUAGUAGACUCCAACCCUAUGUAUGUGCUUCAAUUGGAGAUUGAUUUGUUGACAGGAAGAACCCAUCAGAUCCGAGGGCAGCUUUCAGCAUUAGGAGCUCCAAUUGUGGGCGAUGCUCUCUAUGGCGGUGUGCAUAAUCCGAAUAAUAUGCUGCUAAAGGAUUCUAUUGCACGAGCUUCCAAUCGGAUGGCCCUGCAGUGCUGUUCUUUGGAAUUCAAGAAACCGACUGUGGCCGAAAAGGAUGAGACGAUGGACGAGAUUUCGUCCGACAAGUCGUCGUUCUACAGAUUCCACCUGGAUCAAGCUUGGUGGACAGACUACUUGCAUCAGUAUGCCGAUGCAGAAACUUGA